AUGAGCAGCUCUACAUACGUAUUACACGCUACCUGGGUGAGCUUCCCUGGUGGCUCAGAGGGUAAAGAAUCUGCCUGCAAUGCAGGAGACCCGGGUUUGAUCCCUGGGUCAGGAAGAUCCCCUGGAGGAGGGCCUGGCACCCACUCCAGUGCUCUUGCCUGGGGAAUCCCAUGGACGGAGGAGCCCGGGGGGGUUCAGUUCAUGGGGUCGCAGAGUUGGGCACGACUGAGUGACUUCACUUUCACCUCAGUGGGCCGCAGUGAAGGCCCCUCAGGCGGCUCCCGGGGAAGAGCAAAGAGGCCGAACAGGACCCCUGCGCCCACUGGCCUCUUUUACUCACUCACUAUUGGCCCCACACUCCCCAAGGGCAAAGUCUUGUCCUUCAUCUCCAGAGUCUUACGUGUGGCGAGUGGACAGCGGGACUUGCUGGGAUAA